AUGAGCACCUUCAAGAAGAUGAAUCUGAGGGCGCGCAACAGUUUUGGAAGCAAUUCUCUACCUCCGGAAGAAAUCUUCAGAAGAUUCAGAUUGUACAGCACAAAACCACUUGAUAUGAAGAGGUUAAAGCCCAUGAUCUUGAAGCGGAUUGAGGAACGAUCCACGGAAUAUCCUGUCAAAGGUAUAGUUCAGGUGGCCAACGAGGUUCUACGGGCUCGGGCCGCCCUGUGCGACGGCGUAUCAACAAUCAUCCGGUACGUACCCGUCUUGGCUUGCAAAUACUGCUCUGAAGUUUUUAUUGCUGAAAGUGGUCACUUAAUUCAAACUUGCCAUGGUCGCCGCCGUCACGCAAAAAACAAGGGUCAUACCUGGGUGAAAGGUAGCUUGAAUGACGUUAUUGUCCCCGUAGAAACCUUUCAUCUUGAGAGAAUGUUCCAGAAUGUUACCAACAACCAAGGUAUUAUCAAACCCAAUAAUCUUGCAAACAACAACACAACUGAUUCGGAUAAAUUAUCACAAGAUGAUCUAAGGAGAGUAGCAACAAGAACCCUGCAUGCAUGGGAGGCCAUUCGAUGGGGAGUUCACAAGCUGUUGAAAGUUCAUUCAGCUAAGGUCUGCAAACACUGUAACCAAGUGCAUGUAGGCCCGUUUGGCGACAAGCCCGUGAUUAAGCAUGACAAUGUCCACUUCUGGGAGAAUGCAAAGGUGGACAAUUUGGUGCCCCAAAAAGUAGUUUGGAUUAGACGGAGACAAGAUCCGCCUGUACUUGUGGAUAAAGGGCGGGAAUAUUACGCGCGGGCGCCUGUUGCGGUGGAUUCAUGCAGUAAGGCGGGUGCAUUGGUCCCGUCAAGAUACUUUUGUAUGAUGAAACUGGAUGGAUUGACUGCUCCACUGUUGAAUAAGUGA